AUGGCGGCGGGGGCGCAGCAGCCGAGCAUAGUGCCCACAGAGCUGGAGCAGCAGAUUUUCGGGCGCCUUCUCGAUGUUGUCCACCACGGAGGCCUCGGCACCCAGCUCCGCGUCGCCGGCGGAUGGGUCAGAGACAAGCUAUUGGGGAAAAACUCUACUGACAUUGACAUCGCGCUUGAUGACUUGACCGGCAAAGAAUUCUGUGAGAAAAUAACUGACUACUACGAGAAGGUUAUCAGCCAUGAGCUGAAAACACCUUGUGUUAUCCCAUGCAAACCUGGCCAAUCUAAGCACUUGGAAACCGCAAAGAUAAUACUAUCUGACAUCUCUGACAUCACGAUUGAUUUUGUCAACUUGAGGUCUGAAAAAUAUGCUGAAAACAGUCGUAUUCCCACUGCGGAGUAUGGUAUGCCCGAAGAAGAUGCAUUCCGCAGGGACCUAACAAUUAAUAGCUUAUUCUAUAAUAUCAACACGAACUUGGUGGAAGAUUUAACUCGAAGAGGUCUUGAAGAUCUGAAGAAAGGCCUUAUUGUUACUCCUUUACCAGCCAAAGUUACAUUCCUCGAUGAUCCCCUGAGGGUUCUUCGAGCAAUCCGAUUUGCUGCUAGAUUCAGCUUUACAUUAGCUGAAAAUUUGAAAGAAGCCGCUUCUGAUGAAAAAGUGAAGUUGAAUCUUCGUAGCAAGAUUAGCAGAGAACGCAUUGGUCAGGAGGUUGACCACAUGAUGUCAGGCAAAUAUCCGGUUGAUGCAAUGUGCCAUAUCCGUGAUUUGGGAUUAUUUUACAUUGUUUUUGCAUUUCCUGAAAAAACAGUUCCUCCAGUUCUCGACAAACAUGAUUGGCUAUGUGUUUCACAUAUUGAAGCAGCAUGGAAUCUUGCACAAUCAAUUGGCUGCUCGGUUUUCAGAGGUGGUUCUGGUUCCAUGUCGCAGGAUGAACAGAGAAGGCUUUGCAUGUAUAGUGCACUAUUUACUCCAGUUCGAAAUAUGGUGUACACGAAGAAAAAGGAGGUCGUUCGCUAUAUUAUUGGAAACUCUCUGAAGUUGAAUGGUUCUGAUGCUGAAGCGAUUGUCCAAAUACAUGCUGCAAGUGACAAGUUUGCCGAUUUAAUUAUUUUCCUCGAGUCAAAUGGAAAUCUGGAAACUGUUAAAGAGAACCUCGAAAAAAAAAAUCUUGAGAUACCAACAGACAUGGUAGCACGCGUUUUGGCAGGACUUCUACUCCUUGGAAUAAAGGACCUUUGGCGUCUGGCGCUAUUGAUAUCCACUCUGUCCUAUCCAGAAGUCCGCAGUGCAAAUGGUUCCUUCAGCCAGCAGGAUGAGCUAAAUAGAAGGAAAGAGAUAUAUAUCAGAGUUGAGCGUUUAAUAACUGACCUCGAUCUUGAAGGUGCAUGGAAGAAGAUCAAACCGCUGCUCGAUGGGAACGACAUUAUGGGAGUUUUGGACAUCGAAGAAGGUCCCUUGGUUAAAGAAUGGAAGGAAAGGCUAGUGAAGUGGCAGCUUGCGCAUCCCAAAGGUACCGCGGAGGAGUGCCGUGAGUGGAUAAAGCAGUCCAAAUGUCAGGAAAAGGAAAUGUAGGACGCAGCACCUAAGGAACGUUAACAUUGUGAGCGUAGACAGUCGGGGAUUUAGAUAGAUCACAAACUCCACUGGAUGAUGCGUGUAAUUUUUCUUGGUGCUUAAUGGGCCUUGAUCUUGAUUGUCUUGUACUCCCUCCGUCUCGUAAUGUAAGACUUUUUUUUGACACUACACUAGAGUCAAAAAAUGUCUUACAUUUUGGGACGGAGGGAGUAGUUGAUUGCUGAGCAAAUUUUGCCAAACUUGAUGUUUAUAGUCAGUCUACCACCUAUCCAGGCCACUUAAAAUGGAUUUCGAGGCUGUUUUGUUAGCUUCUCUAAACUUCAGGGGAUCAAUUAACCGGUUUCGAAGUUUAGGGGCGAUGUUGUCGAUUUAUAUAUGGUGGGCAUAUGCUCUUCUUCCUCUAUAAAUUCAGAAAGAAGGCUAACUCUAUGGGACAUGUACGUUUGCUACACAUCCGUGCUAGUAUUAGGCUUGCGGAUGAUGCAAGUCAUAUAAGGUCGCCAUUGUGAUGGAAGCAGGGGGUUUUCAUCGUUUGUAUAUAGAGACAAAAGGAUUACACCAUAGCCAAAUUAAUAUGACUUAAUACCCUGACAUAUAAGUGUACUCUAUUUUUCUAUUUUAACACGGUGGCCCAUCAUGUUGCCACUUAUCUUUUUUUUCUUAUCCUCGUUAAUGAUGGCCAUUGUGUCCGUGUGAUCAAAUUAUAUUGAUUGAUGUCCACUUAUCUUUUUUGGGAAAUGCAUGGACAGUAUUUUACUCAGCGAACAUUUUUUGAAUCGGUGAACUUUUUUUAAACUGGGGAACAAAUUUUGAAAUUCGCGAUUUUUUUGAGUUUUUGUGAACAUUUUUUAAAAAUUUCAUAGAUAUUUUCUUCCAAUUCACGAACAAGUUUUGAAUAAAUGAUCAUUUUCAAAAUCAUGAACAUUUUAUAUUUGCUGAAGAUAUUUUUAAAAAUCGUGAAUUUUUUAUAAUAUUCAAACAACUUUUUGAAAUCAUCAACAUUUUUUGAAUCCAUAAACAUUUUAUGAUUUCUUGAACCUCAUUUUGAAUUCCUGAACAUUUUAUGAUUUCAUGAACAUUUUUUCAAAACUCACAACAUUUUAAAUUUAGAAUUUUAAAAAAUCUCGAAUUAAUUUAAAGAAAGGAAAAACAAAUUAAAAUAAUAAAACAUAAACCCGUGCUGGGGAGGAGGAGAGUUUUGCUGCAUAAUAAAGAGAGAAAAGAGGGAAGAAAAAGUGCAGCAACCAGGAAUCAAUCCUAGGUCUCUUGUAUGGAGGACGGGUGCUCCAACCACCACACCUCGGACGUGUCCUCAUUUUGAAUUCCUGAACAUUUUAUGAUUUCAUGAACAUUUUUUUUUUAACUCACAACAUUUUAAAUUUAGAAUUUUGGAAAAUCUCGAAUUAAUUUAAAGAAAGGAAAAACAAAUUAAAAUAAUAAAACAUAAACCCGUGCUGGGGAGGAGGAGAGUUUUGCUGCAUAAUAAAGAGAGAAAAGAGGGAAGAAAAAGUGCAACAACGAGGGAUGAAACCUAGGUCUCUUGUAUGGAGGACGGGCGCUCCAACCACUACACCUCUGACGUCCUCAUGAUUCCUUAGGCCAACUCCAUCGUGUGAACCUAAAUGGAUGUCCGGUUUGGCCAGAUUUUGUCCUUUUGGGACGGCAAUGGGUUCGCCCAUGUCCGCCUCUGUCCGUUGGGUCGUGGGUGCGCCCAACGCGCGGCCGCACCCCAAAUCAUGUCCGGGGUGGACGUGAUAAAAAAACAUAAAAACUUAAAUAAAAUGCGUAAAAAGGUAAAUAAAUGCAGUUAAAAAAACUUAAAACAUAAUUUAGGGGUCACGGCCACAAAACGGCCCAGUUUCAC